UAUUUGUAUAAUAGUUGUUUUCUGAGAGAAGUUAUAAAAUUCAUAAUGGCUGGCAAAACAGGAUCAACUUCUGCAAAAGAUACUGAAGCAGUGGGAGAUUUGUAUAAAUUUCUUGCCUUUAUCGCUAUUGGAUUUGGUUUGACAUUGUACCUACAAGUGCUUCGUAAUCGUCAAUACUGGAUUAUCAUGGAAACUGUCUUGGGUGUUUUGUCCUUGCUCAUGAUCCCCUUUGCUGGCACCACAAUAUCUUUUUAUGUUAAUUAUGAUGUCGAUAGCCUCAGCAUAUUCCUGUUACGAAUCAUGCUUCUUGCAAAAGUUUCUCAAACUGCAGCCUUAUUUUUGACCAGGAGAUCUCGUGACCCAACUGUAGCAAUUGCCAUAUCAACAACGAAUAUCUUGUCUCGGGCCGCAUUGUUGAUGUGCACUCUGUAUGGACUCUACUACACCAAAAAUGUAUCAAAAUUUGCUUUGAAAUGUGAUUUGGUAACUGUGUCACUUCUGAUCAUUGGUGAUCUGUUUCAAUUAUCCAAGUUGUCAACCAGAGAAGGCAGCCUCACUGUGGGAGAUCCUACAAGUCUUCACUUAUCAAUUGAUGGAUUACUCACAUUUAUACUUGGUACCUGGGUCUUUGGAUUCCCAAAAAUGUUCCUCUCAAUUGUGAAUCCCAGUAUUGCAAUUCGAGAAGGACAUGUGGGAACGACUCAAGUUUUUGGAUCCUUUGUAUGUGGUUUAUCUGUGCUCUCCUUUGCUGCUUUGUGUUUCAAAAAUAAUGAUGAUGCAAUAAGUGUUCUGAAAUCCAAGUUAUUGCUGUAUGCACCCGUCAUACUUCUGGCUGCUGUCAACUAUGUUUUGGAUUCACAAUAUCAGCAUCCAGGACACACUAUACCAGUUAUUGGAGGAAUGGGAGUUUUGUGUUUGAAUGCUGGAUAUGCUGUCUGGGAUUAUGAGAAGGAAAAAUUGUAUUAAUGUCAGAUAAUGUUCUCAUCCAUUCAUCUUCUGUGUUUAGGAGUUGCGAAAGAAAAGCUGUGUAUAAUUAUAUUUGAUAAUGUAACCAACAAGAAAACCAACAAUUUAACUACAAAGUGUUUUCAUUUGAAUAUUGAAUUUCGAUUUCAUCAUAUUAUUGAAAUUCUGUGGUUAUGUUUUGAAACAUGCUCUUAUUUAAAUGAGAUCUGACAAGGUUUUGAAGGAUGUUAAGGUAGUGUUAUGUAAGCUAGAGUAAUGUUUCAUAUUAUUUCAUUCUAUCACACUGGGUCAACCUCAUGUGAUUAUAUUUUCUGAAAUGCCUAUUCUUUAUAGACCAUACUUCUUUUAGACCCUUCUUGCACAGAAUGUUUUACCUGAAUUUCUUUAGUAUUCAUUCAUUCACGUAUAAUCCUAAUAAUAUUCAAAAUGGUGUGAUUUCUAGUGAACCUUUUUAUGUAAUAUAAUGGUACUGGAGUUAUAUACCUAUAUAUUCUUGUAUUUAAAAUGCAUCAUGUAACGUAGUUGUUUUAUAUCAUUGCCUUUUUAGCUUUUGGUGUGGUUUUAUUGAUUUUAACAUACUAAUUAUUUGUAAAAUAACCUGAGAAUUGCAAAAGUGAGCACAUUUGUAUGCUUAGCACAAGUUUUUUUACAUUUUUCUAGGCGAGUUACAGGCAAUUGUAUAAUAAAUAAUUUUAUUUUAAAAAAUAGGGUUCAUUGUAGCAUUUUUAUGACAUGAUACUUUAGUUUGUAUAUCUCUAAUCGUUUUGGGAAAAAUAUGAAAUUUGUGUAUAAAUUUUUUUUUUGUAUUUUUCAUAACAAAUUUUGUACCCACGCCGUUAUCAAAAUUCGGGCAAUUUGAUUUGAUACUUGCAUUUUUAUUCUAAUAUGCUUUAUUGAUACUGGGUACCAUGAAUGCGCAUGCUGCUAUUACAAUGUGUAAAUUUUUGGGCAUAUUGAUUGACUAAUCAUAGAGAAUAGACAAUUGCAUUUGCCUGUUGUAUCUUUGUGGUAUUAGCAGGUGCUUUUUUGAGAAUUCUAUUGAAUGCAUUUUCAGAAACCAAGUGUUUGUUACUGAUGAGUAUAUUCUGAAAAGCAAAUACUGGUAUUUUUCUAUUUAUUUCAUCAUAGCCUUUUCUGGAAACUUUUUUAUUUAUGUCAGUUAGGACAAAAUUGAAUUAUAAUUUUUGUGUUUCCAAUCAUUGUUCACAAUAAAUGCUCAAAUAUUAGAAUAUCAUUCUCUCUUUAUGGCAGAGAAAAAAAAGUCAAAAAUAUUGGUUCAAUAUAUUUUCAGAAUUUUUAAAAUACUAUUUGUUAUUAGUGUUAUGGGCCUGUGAAGUAAAAUUAUGAAAUUCCAAAUGAUUUAUAGCUUUCUGCAUUUUGAAAAUGAAAGUUUUGAAAAGUGGAUAUAAUAUAAAAAUAUGGGAUAUAAUUUGGAUCAUUUGGCUAUUCAACAGCCCGUAAUAUUUCACUUUGCUUACUACUAACAUUAUUUCAUUCCAAAUUAGGAAUUUUGCACUUUUCUUAUCAACAUAAGCAAUACUAUAACUAUCAUAAUAAUAAAAUACAGUAACAUUAAUCAAUCAUUAUAUGGUGUUGUUACUAUUUUGGUGUUUCGUAUGCAUUAUAUAGUAACACAUGAGUAAUUUAUUAUUAAUGCUUCAUGCUGAGCAACAGGAAAUCUUAGCCAUUAAUCUUCCAUUUUUAAGUGUAAUUUGAUUCUUUUAUGCUGAUUUAUAAAAAAUGACUAAUUUGAAGACUGGAUGAAAUAAUCAGCAUCACUGGUCUAUGCAGUCACAUAGUAACGAACUGCCAUCCAGUGCCAUGUAUCAUAGUAUUACUUUUCAAAAUAUGGGUUUUCAAAUAUAUAGUGUACUAAAAUACUUGUACUGAAAUAUCAAAUUUUUGGUGAAAUUUAGGUGUGUCUGCUAGUAUUUUAUUUACUUUUCUUUUGAUAUUAUCUCAAUGUUGGCUCAUUUCAUUGGUAUUAUUAAUAAUGAAAAAGUGGUUACUAAAAAUCUGAAUGAUAAAUUGCCCCUCAAAUUGAUGCAACAUUUUAUAAUUUGCUUUUGUAUUACUGAAAAGAAAUUUUUCUUUCUAGUUUGCUUGAAUUCCGGAUAUAGAGUCAAUUUGCUCAAUUUUUUGGUUCAAAGCAAAGCUCUUUCUGCUGUCUGUGUGAUUUGUUCUAAUCAUGUAUAUACAUAGUUAUUGAAAUUCAAAAUUACUGAAUUAUUGUAUCAUUGAAAUUUGAACCAUUUAUUUCCGUCUCUUGAAUGUAGAAAUGAGUAAGUGUUUGAUAAAAUUGAUAUUUAUCUGUAUAUAUAUCAAAUUUAACAGUAUAAAAUUAUAUGCAGAAACAGUUUUCAGACGUGCAUUGUUGAUAAAACUUAAAUACUAUUGAUCGUUAAUUUUGUUUCAAAUUACAUCUUGCUCAUACUUUUGGUUGCAUAUCAAUUUGGACUUGGCUAUUUUGACAUUUUGUACAAUUUAUAUUGAAUUGCUGGAAGAAAGAAAUAUUUUAUUUUGCUAAAUUCAAAGUUCAAAUUUUUUAGAACAGUCUUGUCAAAUUUCUUCAUUGUAUGCUGAAAUAUUUUGAUGAGUUUUUAUACAUCAUCCUUUGUGUUAUGUUUAUAUACAGGAGCUGUAUCGUAGAAUCUAGAAUGUCUUCUCAGGAAAUUUGAGAUUUGAAAAUAACCUUACUAUUUGAACGUGCCUUGAAUAUAAUACUUCCAUUUAAUUUCUGAAUUGUUACUGUAUUUUCAUUGUAUUGUAGA